AAACUCGGUUUCCCGUUCGGGUCGAACAAAACAAUGGUCAAGAACCUCCGCCUCUGCCCCUGCUUCGGGUUCCGGACCUCCGACGAUGACGAGCCCGAUAGGGACCCUGUCUUGCUGGUCUCCGGAAUGGGAGGCUCCAUUCUUCACUCGAAGCGGAAGAAGCUCGGGUUCCAGACCCGGGUUUGGGUCCGGAUACUUUUUUCGGACUUGGAGUUUAAGAAGAAGCUCUGGUCCAUCUAUAAUCCCGAGACAGGUUAUACUGAGUCAUUGGAUGGUGACACUGAGAUUUUGGUCCCCGACGAUGAUUAUGGGCUGUAUGCAAUUGACAUCUUGGAUCCUUCUUUGUUGAUAAAACUUCUUCAUUUGAGAGAGGUAUAUCAUUUCCAUGAUAUGAUUGAUAUGCUAGUUGGAUGUGGAUAUAAGAAAGGAUCAACAUUGUUUGGAUAUGGUUAUGAUUUCCGGCAAAGCAAUAGGAUAGACAAGUUAAUGGAUGGUCUUAAAGUGAGGUUGGAAACUGCAUAUAAAGCUUCUGGGGGCAGAAAAGUUAAUAUUAUCUCACAUUCAAUGGGAGGAAUACUGGUUGUGUGUUUUAUGUCACUCCACACUGAUGUAUUUUCUAAGUAUGUAAAUAAGUGGAUUGCCAUCGCAAGCCCCUUUCAAGGUGCUCCGGGAUGUAUCAAUGAUUCUUUGUUGACAGGAUUGCAGUUUGUUGAAGGUUUUGAAAGCUACUUUUUUGUAUCAAGAUGGACAAUGCAUCAACUGUUAGUUGAGUGCCCUUCCAUCUAUGAGAUGUUGCCAAAUCCAGUUUUUAACUGGAAAAAGCAACCACUGAUUGAAGUUUGGCGGAGGCAAUCUAAAGAUGGAGAAAGUUCAGUGGAACUGGAGUCGUAUGAUCCCAUAGAAAGUAUCAAUCUUUUCAAGGAAGCAUUAAGGCAUAAUGAGCUAAAUUAUAAUGGGGAUACAAUUGCUCUACCUUUCAAUGUCAAGAUUCUCAAUUGGGCUGCUAGUACUCGUACGAUCAUCAAUGAUGCGGAACUACCAAGUGGCGUCUCCUUCUACAACAUUUAUGGGACAUCAUUUGAAACACCCUUUGAUGUUUGUUAUGGAACAGAGACUUCUCCAAUUGAGGACUUGUCAGAAAUAUGCCAUACAAUGCCAGAGUACUCUUAUGUUGAUGGAGACGGAACUGUACCUGCUGAAUCAGCAAAGGCUGAUGGAUUCCCAGCAGUGGAGAGAGUAGGGUUGCCUGCAAGUCAUCGUGGAUUGUUACGAGACAAAAAUGUAUUUCAACUUAUCCAGAAAUGGUUGGGUGUUGAGCAGGCGGCUAGAAAGCACUCCAGGACUUCAAGAGUUGCAAAUGCAUCUUCAAGCUAGCACUUAAUCCUAUGAUGUACUGAUUUCCUGAAAAUUACUGAGAACAGAGCUUGUGAUUUUGUAUACAAACUCAGAAGACACUACAUAAAUUGAUAUCAAGCAU